ACCUUGCGGCUUAAUAAAAUUUUCUUCGAAUUUGUCUUGCCGGUGAAUCUCCUACUAAAUAACCGAAACAAAAGCUGCGUGGUCACAGAGAUUAUCUAAUUACAUAGAAAACUCAAACUAUUUUCAAGCACAUUCCGGCAGUAUACGUGUAGAAAAUAACGGCAACAUAAUAGACAUUUUUAGUCAUCUUUAGCCGAGUAGCAAUCUCCAUUGUCCUUGAGUGAAUUAUAAACGUUAUUUUCAAAGAAAUUUAAUAUGCCUCGAGCUUACAAAACUAAAUGUAAAAGGCCAGGUGGCAACAGUGACAGUGAAGGAGAAGUUAAUAACUCUGCCCACAUUGAAAAUAACGGAAAUGAAACUACGAAUGAAGUUGAUACUUCAAGCUUCUCAGGGAAAAAGCGUAGCAUUCGUAGUCAAGCAAAAAUAAACUAUGAAAAUCAAAGUGACCAUGAAGAGGAGGCACCAGAUAAUGAACCUUUUGCAAGUAAACGUAGUAAAAAAACAUCAAGUGAAAUCCCAGAAAAUGGUAAAGGGGAAACAGAUGAAGAAACUGAGAAAUCUAUAAGUAAAAAAAAGAAAGCUAAACAAAACAAAAAUAGUGAAAAUGGUGAGGAGAUCUUACAAGAGAUGGAACAAAAUGGAAAAUCUUCAAGUAAAGGAAAGAAAAAAGGUAAAACUUCUCAUAAAAAAGAAGAAAAACACGAUGAAGAAGCAGAAGAAGAAGAAUAUGAAGUUGAGAAAAUAGUUGAUCAACGCACUAUCAAAGGUCGUCGUCAAUUUUUAGUAAGAUGGAAAGGGUAUUCUGAAGAAUCUGAUACAUGGGAAAAUGAGAAAGACUUAAACUGUGACAGGUUAAUAGAAGAAUUUUUAACUGAACAAGAGGAGAAUGAACCUAUUAAUGAAGAAAAGAAAGACAAGAAUGAGAAAACAACAAAAAUUAAAAAGCAAAACAAAAACUUCAAGAACCAAAAGAAAAAUAAGAAAUCUGAAUCAAAAGAGGAUAAAAAUAAUGAUAAUGACCAAGAUGCCGAAAAUUCGACCGGUUCUAUAGAAUAUGAAGUUGCAAGAAUUAUCGAAGUUUAUUUCAAAAAAGAUAAAUCACGUGAGUUUCUUAUUAGAUGGAAAGGAUUUUCAGCAAAAGAAGAUACUUGGGAACCAGAAGAGCAUUUGAAUUGCCCCGAACUUAUUAAUAAAUUUAUGGAAAAAUUAAAAAAACAAAAAGAAAGUGAUGCUCGAGAGUUAAGAAUCAAUCCGUCGCAUACAAAACGUUACACAUUAACUAUGCACUCUGAUAAAAGACAAUCUCGACGUAAUGCUGCAAAGCAAAGGGUAACCUACUAUGAAUGCGACGCUUAAAAAUAUCAACACCACUAAAACCCUACAAGUUUAGGGAAAAUACAUGAGACAGAGUGGAAAUCACACUUAAAAUUCAUUUUCAUAAUGUUUUGACUAUGAAAUAAUUUGUCAUUUUAUUUUAAUUAUUUUAUCAAGAAUUAUAUCAUGAAUUUGUUUUUAUCAUAACAUUUCUUAAGGAAUUUUCUAAAACAUGCCUUAGUCAAAAAGAUCACAUAAAAAUAUAUACAGCUAAUAUUCUAAAUUAUAAGUUAAAACUUUUAAUUAGAAAGUUCUCGGGAAUCAGUAUAGAUAUAUAGAAUAUUUUUAUCUAAAUGCGAAACUGACUUGAUGUAAAUAAAUAAAAACACAUUGUGCAGAUAUUUGCAAAAUUUGAUACUUAUAUCAGAAUAAUAAAUUAUAAUGUUAUAUUAUCGCAAUUCAUGAAAAAAUGACACAAUUUUAUUAAAUUUAAAGCUUAUAGAUGUACAUCUAUACAAUGUUUUGAUAUUGUAAUUCUAAAACAUCUAUAAAUCGGAAGGUACAAAAAAACAAUAAAUACAUAAAUGAAUACAUUUCUUUAAUUAUUUAAGCUUCCAUAUGUGUAUGUAUUGUGCAUACACAAAUCUAAUGCGCAGAUUGACGUUACAUUUAAAUAAAAUAAAUUGUUCCAAUUAUUCGAAUUUCAAUGUUUUUUAUUUUACGGGGUUAUUAGAUUAUUGAUUCUCAUAUCAGCAUUAAAAAUUAUAAUAUAUUGUCGCAAUUCAUGAAAAAAGAACUAAAUUUUAUUAAGUUUAAAGUUUGUAGAUGUACAUCUAUACAAUGUUUUAAUGUAUUGUGAUCCUAAAACAUUUACAGAUUAGAAGGCACAAAGUGAAUACAUUUCUAAAAUUAUUUUAAGCUUGUAUAUGUGUAUGCUAUUAUGCAUACACAAACCUACUGCGCAAAUUGGUGUUAAAUUUAAAUAAAAUAGAUUGUUCCAAUUGUUCGAAUUUCAAUAAUGUUUCUCAUUAUAUAA